AUGGCAGAUGCGAAUUAUUUUACUUGUACGCUUGGUGAAGCUGCGAGACUGAAGCGAAAAGACGAGAAGGCGAAAACAUGGACGACAGUGGUGGAAUUGAUUGAUGACCAGGCUGAGAGGAAUCCAGAUGCACCGGCUUUGGGGUUCGCGACUUUUACGCAUUUGAAGUCUACGCAAGUAUUCCGUCAUCUCCUCACAUUUCGAGACCUCUCAGACACAUCAAAGCAUGCCGCCCAGAUACUUUCGACUCAUUUGCCAAAGGAACCUAAGUCCUUGAAAAUUGGCCUUCUAUCGUCUAGUAGCACGGAGUUUGUGUUGACAUGGCUUGGCUUGAUGCGCCUGGGAUAUACUGUCUUGCUUCUUGCACCUCAAUUGGCACCACCAGCGGUUCAGCAUCUUUGUGAGACUCUGGACAUUAGACAUGUUUUCGUCGACGACAUCUACGAGUACAGAGCGCGCGGACUCUCAAACGACAUCGAGAUCAUCAGGAUCCCUUCAUAUAAAGAUGACUCGACGACAGAUGACUUGGGGCAGACCCCGGGUAUUUCAGAAACAGCGUACAUAUGUCACACUUCGGGAACCUCAUCUGGACUACCCAAACCAAUCCCCCAAACGCAGUUCGGGGUGAUGGGAGCUCUGUACAGCUUCCCCGGGAAGAACAAACCAGCAACCUUUUCCACAACUCCCCUCUAUCACGGUGGAUUCCCAGAUUGUCUGAGAGCCUGGACAAGUGGUGCUUCGAUAUGGUUCUUCCCCGAAGGCCAGGCUCCCAUCACAGGCGCCAAUAUUAUAAGAGCCAUCGACUUUGCGCGGGCGCAUAGCCCAAUACCCGUCAAGUACUUUUCAUCAGUUCCGUAUGUGCUUCAAAUGCUGUCCGAAGAGUACGGGGGCAUUGAAGUUCUUCAGACAAUGCACCUUGUUGGUGUCGGCGGCGCUGCUUUACCACCAGCAAUAGGCGAUACACUUGUGGACGCAGGCGUGAAUCUCCUCUCACGUAUGGGAAGCGCAGAAUGCGGGUUUCUGAUGUCGUCGCAUAGGGAUUACGCCAAAGACAAAGACUGGCAAUUUCUCCGAGCUAUUGAUGAUUCAAGACUUAUCGAAUUCGAGCCCCGCGAGAAUGACCUAUCAGAACUUGUGGUGAAGCCUGGUUGGCCUUUCUUGAUCAAGACGAAUCGUGAAGAUGGAUCAUACGCCACUUCUGACCUCUUCGAACCACAUUCAUCGAUACCGAACGCGUGGCGAUAUCACAGCAGAGCUGAUGCGCAAAUCACUCUUGCCAACGGAAAGAAGUUCGAUCCUUCGCCUAUUGAGGGUAGCAUACUUGCUUCCACCAAAUCACUGCAGGAUGUUCUCAUCUUUGGCAGUGGAAGAGAUUACGCUGGAGUGCUGUUGUUCCCUUCCUCGAGCGACAUCAGUGCACAUGAAGUGAUCGAUUCAGUAUGGCCGCAUAUCGACAAACUAAACUCCGACAGCCAAACCCAUACCCGAAUCAACAGGACAAUGCUGGUAGUUGUCCCUGUCAAAGAGGGGCAGAAACCCUUGGAAAAGAGCAGUAAGGGAACUAUUCUUCGGCGGCAAGCUGAAGAGCGAUACUCAGAUGAGAUCGAGGGUGCUUACAGCAACACAUCAUCUUCCACAAAGAUUCUUGAGGGUGGGCUUCAAAAAGCCGUUCAAGAUUGUUUCGAGCAAGUCCUCGGCCGGCAAGUUGAACCAGAUCAAGAUCUGUAUCGCCAGGGCGUCGACUCGAUCUCUUGCAUACAAAUCCGAAAGCUGCUCGAACAGAUUUGUCUAUCAUCUGAGGAUGGCCGGCUUCCUCUGAACGUUAUCUACGAUCAGGGCACCAUCAAUUCACUUGUUGAGUAUCUGGAAAGAGCGAAUUCAGGCGACAACGAGCUGAACGUCGACCCCGAUGAGUCAGAUCUCAACCUCAUGCAAGCUCUCGCUGAGAAGUACAGCAAUUUUGAUCCAGCCUCGCAUGAUACUAGCAGUAUGGUAGGGUCAGUUGUAUCUUCUUCAACCAGUGGUGUCAAAACUCAAGCACGGCAAAAUCGCGAAGCCUUGGGUGAAAAGAAACGCUUGGCACAAAUGGCCAUGAAAAUCGUUCAAGAUCCCAAUGAUCGCCCCACGCGUGUGGUACUAACCGGUGCGACUGGGUUCCUUGGGGCGCAUAUCCUUCAUCUUCUUCGAGAAGAUUCAAGGAUUGAGAGGAUUUACUGUUUGCUCCGAGCUGACGGCCCAUUUGCCGCUCAGAAACGAGUUUCUGACGCUCUCUUCCAACGAGUUCUGCCACCUUUAGAACCACACCAGGAUAAAGUCGUCUGUCUUCCGUGCGAUUUGACACAAAAGGAUCUUGGACUCUCAGAAGAGCAGCUUCGGGAAAUUUCGACGAGUACUACGAAGGUCAUUCAUUCAGCUUGGGCGGUCAACUUCAGUCUUCGACUAAACUCCUUCGAGGAUCAGAUUUCGAGUACGAAAAAUUUGAUCAACCUCGCUGAAGAGGCUGGUGCAAAGUUCAUCUUCGUCAGCUCCAUCGCAGCAGUUAGCGACUCUACGGCUCGACCAGUUCCCGAGACGCUCUCCCAUGAUCCUAAGGAGGCUUCACCACUAGGCUACUCACGCUCCAAGUGGGUAGCCGAACAGGUUUGUGAUGCAGCGAACAAGAAACAAGACUCUCCCCUAGCGUCGAUUGUUCGAGUUGGACAACUUUACAGCAAUGAAUCUGGAGUCUGGAAUACCACUGAGGCAUAUCCGUUAUUGCUUUCAACAUCCAAGAUCACAGGAUGUCUACCCGAUCUCCCAAAUGAAGUGCUCAAUUGGCUUCCUGUCGAGCAAGCUGCUCAAGCUGUGAUCGAAAUUGCAUUCACGCACUCCAAAGGUUUGAAGACACCUGUCUACCAUGUAUUGAACCCGCAUAUCACACCGUCCUGGAAAGACAUGCUGGACUGGCUGGCUGCUAGUAACGAGGGUCCCGAGUUUGAGAUCGUCUCAUCAUCUGAGUGGCUUGAGCGCUUGGAGAAGGCUUUGGGCGACGAGAAUGAUCAUCCGUCACAGGCUCUUCUAGGUCUUUGGAAGCGGUCAUAUUCCAGGGGCGAUAUGAAUGAAAAUGCAGUGGACGAUCAGGAGAGUUCUGUAUUCGAGGUCGCUCAAACACAGAAGGUCUCUGCUUCAAUAAGGGACGUCGAGCCACUGAGUCGCGAGCGAGUAAUCAAGACUUGGAAAUGGGUGAACGAGAAUAUUAAGGGCUGAGUGCUCCUUGGUAAUUUGGAAUGCUAGAUAGUAGAAUAGAAUAGCGGCAAUGAACAG